GGUCUGCGGGGGCUCGUGGGGAACACUCUAGUUACAGUGCUAGAAAAAGUAACGCCGUUACAACCUACCAUUAGCGGGAUUCGCUAUUAACAGCAGCGCAUUGCCAUUGGACGCAGGGAGGGGUUGGAGUCACCCCCCCUGCCCCCCACACGCACACCCUCUCACCGCAGACUUGUUAUUCGAAGAGCGUGAGCGCGUGCGGACAGUCGCUCCUCGUUGCGCACUGGGCAUGGAUCAGGACGCAGCGCUUCUCCCCGUCUGCUGCGGACGCGCUGCGCUCUGGGGCGCAUAGGAAAGGUGCCCAAAUGAACCGCCGCCCUCCCGGCUCCUCUGGCGUGCAAUGGCUUAACAGGAGAGACAUGAAGCUCCGCACAGAGGACUUCACCGCGGAGCAGUGCCUGGACGCUAUCGAAAUCGUUUGGGAACUUUGCCGGGCGGACCAUGUAAACCGGGACAAAUGCAGGGAUGUGUUUCCUCUGGGGAGCAGCAUUCCAGGCAGAGGACACGCAGACAUCUCAAUCAGUCUCCUUGCGGUGGUGGUGGGUUUCUGUGGCCUCGCCCUGUUGGCAGUGUCUCUCUUUGUCUUUUGGAAGCUAUGUUGGCCCAUUUGGAGGAGCAAAGCGCUGCCGACCCACUGUGAGAAUGGUCUGCACGUGGGCUUCGACGUGCCUCCGCCCAGAUCCCCUCCCAUUACUGAGUAUAAAGCAGCGGAGCUGGAAAAGAAGAAGCCCCUGGAGGUGAAAGUGAACGGGCGGAGCUCCGUGAAGAUUCUGGAGGCAGCCAUGAAGAUCAGCCAGACUUCUCCAGACAUCCCCGCUGAGGUGCAAACAGCCCUGAGGGAGCGGAUCAGCCCUCAGCCUCCAAGAAUCCAAAGGCAGACCACGGAGCCAACUUCCUCCUCCAGGCACAAUUCAUUCCGGCGCCACUUACCUCGUCAGAAGAAUGUCACAAGCGUUGACUUCAACAUGGACGUCGUGCCUCUGCGCCAGUCCUCCACGGUGAGCAUUGGGAGGAUUAAACCGGAGCUCUACAAGCAGAAGUCUGUGGAUUCUGAGGACGAGUCCAGAGGGCCAGUCGAGACUUGUGGAAAGCUCAGCUUCUCCCUGCGUUACGACUAUGAGGAGCAAGCUUUGGUGGUGAAAAUCCUUAAAGCUUUAGAUCUUCCCGCUAAAGACUUCACCGGCACCUCCGAUCCGUACGUGAAGAUCUACCUGCUGCCCGAGCGUAAGAAAAAGUUCCAAACACGAGUUCACCGCAAGAAUCUGAACCCCACGUUCGACGAAACCUUCUGUUUCCCCGUGGCCUACGAUGAGCUCUGCAAUCGAAAGCUGCACUUCAGCGUCUACGACUUCGACCGAUUCACCAGCCAUGAUAUGAUUGGCGAGGUGGUGGUUGACAACCUCUUUGAACUCUCUGAUCUUUCAAGAGAAGCAGUGGUGUGGAAGGAUAUUCACGCAGCAACUAUGGAGAGCGUCGACUUGGGGGAGAUCAUGUACUCGCUGUGCUACCUCCCCACAGCAGGGAGAAUGACCCUGACUGUCAUCAAAUGCAGAAACCUCAAAGCCAUGGACAUCACAGGCUCUUCAGAUCCGUACGUCAAGGUUUACCUGGUGUGUGAUGGGCGGAGGCUGAAGAAGCGGAAAACAACAACUAAGAAGAGCACUCUUAAUCCUGUCUUCAAUGAGGCCAUCAUCUUUGACAUUCCCCCGGAGAACGUGGAACAAGUCAGUCUGUCCAUCAUGGUGAUGGAUUAUGAUCGAGUUGGACACAAUGAGGUGAUUGGCGUGUGUCGAGCCGGGCCAGAUGCAGUGGGCCUUGGACGAGAUCACUGGAACGAAAUGUUGGCUUACCCGCGGAAACCCAUCACACACUGGCACGCUCUGGGGGAGUGGCCUGGAAGAGCAGCAAGUUUUGAAAGUCAAGGUUCGUGUUCUUCUCCCAAACCUCCAAAGACUCCCUGACGAAGGCUGAUAAAGUCACAGCAUCACUGUAAGAAACCGCACGUUUGUUGCUGAGGGAGCUGUGGCAUUAAACAGUCACCAGAGCAUGUGUGAAAACCGAUUUCCUUCUGAUCGGUUUCCUUUUAGAUCCUACUGAAAUGUAUUUAGGUUGUUUGAAUGCAAGUUCUCUAAAUGCUCUUCAGAGCUGGCUAUGCACAGCACAUACAAAAGUCUUACAAGGUUCUAUUUGCCAAACAUCUACAUAGAUGCCGUGAUUGACACGCCUCACUUUAACGAGUCCUUCGUGGUUCAUUUGAAGCAGUCUGAGCUUGGUUUUGGCCCGAUUGCUCUUUAGUGUUUUGCCAUCUUACCUAUAUGAGACAAAAAUUACAGGGCUGGCUGCUCGGUGCCGUAAGAUUACAUAUUAAAUAGAUUGAAUAAGUCAACAUCCAACAACUGAGGCAGCUGAGCGUCAAGGGCUGAGUAAAUCUUAAAAAACCUGUUAGUCACAAGUGUGACAGAUAUAUGAAACAGGCUGUCAUUGAAGAACGUUCAGAGCAACAGUAGAAGUAGCAGACACAUGUAGCAAACAAACGGAGAAAGAUGUUUUAGAAAAAACCUGACUGGCGCUAACAUAUUUAAAUAUGAAAUAUGGAAUUAUUUUUGUACACGAAUUUUUGAUUCAUAAGUACAAACAAAACUAAGCCAAUUGUUAAACAAUGAGACUUACCGUGUUCUGCUUCGUGCAAUUUUGCUUCAGUUUUACGACUGUCCUUCCUGACCCAACCCUCAUCCUUUACCCCAACGGGCUCAUGGGCUCAAGUGCCUCCAUGUGGUUGUUGUCGUUUACAGCACCUGAUGGCCCAACACUGCUUAAGCCUUAGUCACAACUGCCCUUACGGGUGGAUACAGGCUGUCUGCGGGCGAAAAAGGGGCUAACCUGUAUGGGGAAUGCAGGUGGUCUGCACAGAAUGUUAAGGUCGUAGAUUGCUUAGUGAACCCAGCGAAAAGGUUGUUGCACAUUAUUUUCUAUGGGCAUGCUGCAAGCAACAGGUCAUAGUGAACACUUACACAACAGACACAUGGGGUAAGGUAGAAGUGAGGAAGGUGAGAACGGACAGAUUUUUUCGUGAUAAGUGAUAAGUCCACGUUCCUUGCACGCAACCUGGCUGCUAGAAAUGAGGAAAUUAAACAAUCAGAGUGUAGUUUGUGGGGGUGUCCUUAUGUAUCACGUGCACAACCCAUGCGUGAGGCGUCUGUCAGGGGCCAGUACUCGCACCUUACCAACGACUAGAGUGUGGCGUGAGACCACCAUAUGACACCAUAUGACAGCAUCACCUAACAGAAACUAACGUUAGCUUUACGAAUACUUUGCAAUUCCCCUUACAUAUGCACCACAAUGGUACUUUUCAUUUUUAUGAUGUCCCUUAAGGUGGCAGUAGAAGCUUUAAUGGAAGUGUAAGACACACCUCCGCUCCCCUUAAGAUGCGGCUAAUCCUCUCUAUGACCCUUUCCACAGACUGGGCAACCCUAAAACCUGCAGAACCCGUACAGUUCAACCCCCGGUAUGGGUGCAUGUGACCAGGGCUUUAGCAUCUUAAGCCAUCAUGGUUAAGAAGUAAGUCUUAUAAAAAUCACGAGUGCCAGAUGCCCCCUCCCCCGCGGUGGCUUGGUGGGUACUGCAUUCAGUUUGUAACCAGAGGGUUGCAGGUUAAGGUCAAGGUAAGGUCACAGUCCAGGUGUAUCCAUCUACGACUAAAUGCUAAAUAAUUAAUGCAAAUAUCUUACCUUGAAUUUGCAUAAACAAGGAUCAGAUACAAUAAAAAGAGUUCCAAAGGAAACUACGGAAGCAUGGCCAAGAUAAAUAGAAAAUAGAAUUUUUUUUGGUCAAAUUUACUUUUUUUGGUUUUCAAAUUUUCCAUAAUUUCUUCAAGUUUACAAUGUGUACUUUUGAGUUGAAAACUGUAAACAAGGCAAAUUUUUGAUACAUUUAAAAUUCCAGCCACACAAACAAAUGCACUGCCACUCACCUUAAGAAAAUUAAGAACUUCAACAACUACAAAUCAAUAUGCAACAUUUCCCAAAAUUAAUAUUUGCAAUUAGUCACCUUAUAAUCACAACCCGUUAAGAAGAUUCCUUAGAUCAUUUGACAUUAAAAUUGAUAACAUCUCUUCAUUUCAUGGGAGUAAUAAUAAACCAAUAAAAAAAACACAUAGCAAAUAGAAAAAGGCUAUGAACUGUUAUCUUACUUGCACAUGCAGUAAAUUUUCUUUUUGUUCAACCCUUAAUAUGAAAGAACUAUUUUUACUUGUAGCAUGCCUGUCACUAUUUAAAAAAAGCACUUACUGAAGGAAAUGUGAGUAUGUUUGAGUAUUUGUAUUUUUUGAAGUUUGUCUAUAAAGUUGUGUAAAUAUUCCUACAACACUCAACCCUGUUUUUUGUACAGUUGGGACUCGGUGUGAAACUGAAAAGAAAACUAAAAUCUUUUAUUUGCAAAUGAAUUGACAGUUAAAGAAAUUAUAUAAAAAUAUAUUUGAUGUUAUUUAUAUAAUUUAAAACUAUGUACUGUAAGUUUUCUGAAUAUAUUCACGGUUUAAAAAGUUCAGAUGUUUAUUAUAGUUUGAGCAUUUGUCAGGUUCAAAAAAAGCAAAUAUCGUAAAGAAUUUUGUUUUUCGUGAAUCUUUGAAUAUUUUCAGCAGUUGAUUGGUCUGCAGGCAGAUCAGUUUAACUACUAGGUUGCACAAAAUUGCAAACAAGUAUUUAGCAUUAUCCUCUUAUUAUAAGCAAGGCCUUUUUGCUUUCAUCUGAUUGUUAACAGCCUGAAUGUCUCUAAGUUUAAAUUAAAAUAAACCUCUGUUAUUUUCAGACAGGUUUUUUCCCAGUGUUCUUUGCAGUGGCUCUAAUAUUGUUGACAUUAUGCAUUACAUAUUUGCUCUACGCAGCUAUUUCCAAGAGGAAGAAUCUGCUAAAUUAGACAAGCCUGUAGGUCACAAGUGUCAGAUCGGUUAUGUAUUCACUCUGCAAACUGACAGCUGAUUGGCUAACUAGACUCAUAGUGGAGAGCUUUCCCCGAAGGAUGCUCAACAUUCUCCUUUAAUCAGUUCUGUACAGGGCGAACUCACACAGAAGUGAGCAGGAGUGGUUUUCUGGUCUAAUGUGGUCAGUGUGGCCUGAUUUGCUUUAUUUAGGUACCUGGUGGUGCAAACCUGUAAAUUUUAGGCUAAAUACUAAAGCACUGGAGGAAUAUUUUGCUCAUUAUAUGAAUCAAUAUUGUGGGAAUUUUGGAAAAUUGAAAUAUUUUUGAAAAUUAUGAAUCAGUUGACAGUUAGAAUAAGUUAAAAAAAACACAUCUUUAGUGCUUAAAAAUUCAAAUUUGUUUCUAUUAACAAAUGAGGUUUAAUUUGAUACACAAGACCCUCCUCUGUGAAGUGACAAUUAAGUUUAAGGCCUCCUGCAAAUGUUUAGUUUACACUCUGCUUUUUCUAAUAUUUAUUCUUCUUAUUAUAUUUUACUUCUAACAAAAACCUUCUUUUUUAUCUCCUCAGAAAUUUGAGCUGAUGUAAAAUGUGUUUGAAAAAAAAAAAGAUUCUCUGUGGGCAGUUUCAGCCCUCCGUGGUCCAAAUUUUCUAGCCAUUUCAAAGCUGAUUACCUGGAUCAGAUGUAUCCAAUCAGAAGCUGCAAAUGCUCGGAUGUUUGCAAAAGAAGCUGGACAGUGACUCCACCCCCGAGGUCUGGAGCUGUGAAUGCAUCACAAUGCAUGUAUUCGACUUAAACAAACGUUUUUAUUUGCUUUUUCAAAAAAUAGUUUCAAUUUCAGUUUCACAAUGUGUCCCUACUUUGAGAAAAACAUGUAAAAGAUGGUUGUUCUUGUCAAUGGCACUGUUUAUAAAAUAGAAAAGUAAAACCUACAGAGUUGUUGUGCAUUUAUGAACAUAGAGAAAUCACUAUGUAUUUUUAUUGUUUGGUGACACUUUGAAAAGCUCAAACUUGUAACUGAGUGACAUUUAUUCACGUCCUGUAAUAGUGGUGCACAAGUUAGUCAAACUGGAGGUCCAAUCCAGCCAAUUCUACCCUUUCAAGUUAUUCCAUGUGUAGGAUUUUAGAGCUUUGAGCUGUAAUUGUGUGCCUCUCGGUUGAAUCUGUAUCCACCAAAAACACUGCUGCCUCUGUAAUGAUGUGUACAGUUUGUGAUAACUUUUGUAAUGACUGAAGUAAACAUUUGGUAUAUAAUUUAUUGUAACUGUUUCAUAUGUAUUUUAAAGACAUAAAUAAAGCAACCAAACUGCUUUAAAA